AUGUUGCCGGUGCCCCCCACCGCCCCACACCUUCACAGGCAGCAGGACCGACCGCUACCAGGCCACACCGGCGGUCACCAGGGCGAUCGCUGGUGGCACACCUCGCGGAAGGCCGGGCGUGCUUGCGCUUAAUUCGGUGGAGGAGGAUGUCGCCGCUUCGCUCGUCGCCCAGCCUUCCCCCGACGAGCCCCCACUACCAGGCGGGCCGAUGCGGCCUCGAGACUCCGGCGACGUACGCGCAGGCUCACGCGGGGCGGCACAGUGCGGCUUGGGGAGCAACCGAGAAGCGGGAGAUGGAUGGUUGGUUGGGGUGGGUACGUUCGAGCCGGCGGGAGGCCUGUAGCAACGAGCAAAGUCGUCUUUGGCUAGUGGGUCUACAAGUGGAAGGUUGAUGAAUUCGGCGGUGUAGUGAGUGCGAAGGCAAGACUUGUAGCCGGAGGCUUCAGUGAUCGUGAGGGUAUCGACUACUUUGAGACUUUUUCCCCGUGUCCUCCUCAUCCGAGUAUGCAGUUUGUUUUUUCGAGGCGCCUUGCUUCACCAUUCUCUGAACAAGUUCGCUGCGAGAGUCUUCGCGUACCCGACAUCGUCCAUGAUCGACUGCAGUUGACACGUGUAACCAACCCAUCCCCCGAGUUUGAUACAUGCUU